UUCAAGAUGGCGGACGAGCAGCGAAAACGGUUGUCAUUUGCCAAUUCCUUUCUCCAGUCACAGGCAGCAUGGAAGCUUUAUGAUGGUAUCUUGGGUAAGAUGGUACCAGGAUCUGUCUUAAAUGAGAAGUCUGUAGAGAUUCCUGAAUUAAAGGUAUUGUGGGAGAUGAUUGAAGAUUCAUCAGAAUCGGCAGCCAGAUUGUGUAGCCAGUGCCUGGUACAACUUGUUUUUGAUGGCCAUGCUGACCUUGAUUACAUUCUGAAAGGAUUAUUGAAUGCUGUGCCUUCAGUCAGGAAUUUAAGUGGCAUAAUCAAAGCCUUGAGUUCUUUGCUGGCCUUUCAAAUUUACCAAUGUGUCAAAAAUGGCAUAGAGUACAAAUGCCCUUUUUCCUUGAGGUAAGUCAGAU